AUGACCGCGCCACACCUAAACGGCACCAAUGGGGUGCAGUCUCCCAAUCAUAGGACCAUAAAGCCUAGGUUCUUCGAGGAUUAUGGGAUUUGGAAGCAGGCUCCUGUAUUGACCGGGACCACAAAGUUCGAGGCCUUACCGGAUGUCAAAAAUAUUAUGAUCACUGGUGGUGCCGGCUUUAUAGCUUGUUGGCUCGUUCGUCAUCUCACCUUGACCUACCCCGAAGCCUACAAUAUUGUGUCCUUUGAUAAAUUAGAUUAUUGCUCAUCAUUGAACAACACCCGUAUGCUCAAUGAUAAGCGAAACUUUACGUUCUACCAUGGAGAUAUCACCAACCCUUCCGAAGUGCUCGAUUGUAUGGAGCGCUUCAACAUCGACACUAUAUUCCAUUUUGCAGCUCAGUCACACGUCGACUUGAGUUUCGGGAACUCGUAUGGAUUUACUCACACGAAUGUGUACGGUACUCAUGUUAUGCUAGAGAGUGCGAAGAAGAUUGGAGUGAAGCGAUUUAUUCACAUAUCUACUGAUGAGGUAUAUGGCGAGGUAAAAGACGACGAUGAUGAUCUGAUGGAAGCGAGUAUUCUAUCUCCAACCAAUCCCUAUGCCGCGAGCAAAGCCGCCGCCGAAAUGCUUGUAAACUCUUACAUGAAGAGCUUCAAGCUUCCAGUCAUUAUUGUCAGAAGCAAUAACGUCUACGGGCCACAUCAAUUUCCCGAAAGUAAGAAACAGAUUCAAGCAACACUCGAGAACACGCUCAUAACUUACCACGAAGCAGAAAUAAUUCCUAAAUUCAUCUGCUUGUUGAAUCGUCAGAGGCCGACAGUGCUCCACGGCGAUGGGAGCCCUACUCGAAGAUAUUUAUAUGCUGGCGAUGCAGCUGAUGCGUUUGAUACGAUCCUACAUAAAGGCACUCUCGGUCAGGUCUAUAAUGUAGGAUCACACGACGAGAUUUCUAACAUUCAGCUAUGUAAAAUGGUGUUGAAAGAGAUGGACAUUCCCCACGAGAGUCAAGAAGACUUCAACAAGUGGGUUAAAUAUACGCACGAUAGACCAUUCAACGAUCAUAGAUAUGCCAUCGACGCUACUAAACUUCGACGUCUCGGUUGGGAUCAGAAGACUUCUUUCGCCGACGGGUUAAAGAUCACUGUUGACUGGUAUAAACGGUUCGGCGAAGAAUGGUGGGGCGACAUUAGCAAGGUUCUCAGCCCUUUCCCGAUUGUCGUUGAAGCUGAAGUGGUAUCUGACAAGGAAGAGAUUUGUGACGAGCCUCAGUUACCAAAGAAACGAAAGUCGCCUGGAUAA